GAUUGGAGACCUAUUGGAGCACUCAGUCAAACGAAAGGGUGAAGAGUUGGGUUCUGCAGCCAUAUUGUCGUCCGUUGUCUUCAUAACUCUGGGCGCCAGCGAUGAGUCGGACGCCAUGUUUGCCGAUAUUGAGAGCCAUUUGAUCGCUGCGGUGACCGACCCAUCGGUGGCGCCGGCCGUUAGGUCCAAAUGCGCGGCCGCUUUGGGUUUGGGAUACUUUAUAACAAACAACGGAUCGAUCGAUUCAGUGAUGACUGUGUUUCAGUCCAUAUUUGGCGCCUCAUUCCUGAAGGGUAACGGCGCUAUACCCACACAUACGGCUGAGAUAUCGUCACUACACGCCAGCGCACUGUACUCGUGGACACUCCUACUGACCCUCUAUGAGCCCUCAGCCGCCCUACGAUUGGCCGAAAGUAUGUCGAAGAAGAUCACUGAACUGUUGGACUCACCGGAUGUGGACCUGAGGAUAGCCGCCGGC